AUGGAAUUGAGAAUUGGUGUAAUUGGUGUAAUUACUUUCUUUGUCCUGUUUGGUAGACCAAGUAAUUACUUGGGCAAGAAGAAUAAGGCACUUCCAGAUGGAUCCACUGCAUACGUGAGAGGUAUUGAGCAGAUUACUGUGAAGACAGGCAUAAAGUACAAUGAUUUUGUGAAUGCAGUUUUUGACAGAUUAGGCAUUGAUCCUUCAGAUAAGAUCUUGCAUUUUACUGUGAAGUUUGAUUGUUCUGAAUUGAUACGGUUGAGAGACCAAGAAGGUGUCAAUGCCCUGUUACAAUUUAAUGAUGAUUCUGCUCAUGUUUAUGCAUUACAUUUGGAGGAUGAGCCUUAUUCUAGACCACCAUCAGAUGGUGUGAAAAAAGUUGAAUGUAUUGUUGAUUCGGAUUUAGAAUCAGAAAGAAUUUGUGAUAGUGAUCGUCCUGAGAUGUGUGAUUAUCCUGAUACUGAAUUCAAUGAUUUUGAUAAUCAUAGAGCACAAAUUUGUGUUGCUGUUGACAAGAUCUGGGCUUACUAUGAUAAAGCUGAUGGUAUGCCAAGACAUUAUGCCCUCAUCGGAAAGGUACUCUAUCCUGGAUUUAAAAUAAAGUUCAGAUUGCUCGUUCCUUAUCCAGAAGAUCAAAGGGAGGGCACUCGGAUCGGUGGAUGCUUGCCUGUUAGCUGUGGGAAAUUUAGGUGUGGGGUUACUGCAUAUACUUAUAAUCUCUUUGCAUUUUCAUAUCAAGUGCAGUGCGUAAAAGCCAAGAGAGGUCAAUACGUUGUAUUUCCAAGGAAAGGGGAAAUAUGGGCCUUCUUCAAAGAUAGGGAUAUUAAUCGAAGCUCUAGCACAAAUAAUCAGAAGGAAUACAAGUAUAAAGUGGUGGAGAUUCUUUCUGAGUAUGUUAAGAAUGUUGGUGUCAAAGUACGUUCCUUAGAUAAAGUGAUCGGAUUUGUUAGCCUUUUCCAGCGUGCAAGGAUGACAGCAGUUGGCACAUUCUUUAUAAAGCCAAAUGAACUUCACAAGUUCUCUUAUCGAAUUCCCUCUUUCAAAAUGACUGGAACUGAACGCAAGGGUGUACCUGCAGGUUCGUUUGAACUUGAUCCUUAUGCUCUUCCCCUCAACCCCGAUGAUGUUUGGUACCCUGGAAAAGUUAAGGAAUUUAAGGAAACUGGAAACUCUAGACCUGUAGAAAAUGUUUUGUCAGCAGUUCCCUCUGGAAGUAGAGAUAAGUCGAGGACCUCUGAGCAUGCUUCGACAUCUCUGAUGACUGGAAACUUGAACGGCGUCCAUGCUGCUAAUGGAGAGUUCCCUAUGAGCACUGAUUUGGAACUGAAAUUAUGGUUUGGUGAGACUCAAAAGUGAAUUGAUCCUCAUCAGUUUCUUGGUUGGUGAAUGGGACUUCAAAUAAUGUUGGAUAGUCUCUUAGCUUUUGUUAAGACUCUUAUUAUAUA